ACCGUUCGUGCGCCGGGGCAAAAAAGUGGCCGUUGUAGAGAGGUGGCCGUCAGUGGAGGUUCCACUGUACUCAUUAUUUUCAACAGUUUUAACAUCAUGUAGUACUCCAUCCUCAAGACACAAGGGGCUGCUAGUCGGCACGAUGCGAUAUUUUCGGGCGAAAGUUUGCUUCAAGGAUACCCAGGGGCUUUUCCGCUCAGGCUCUUGAAGUAAACUUUUGCCCGAAAAUAUCGCAUCGUACCGACAAGCAGCCCCUGGGUUUCCGAGGAUGGUAGUACUUGGGCAUUGGGAAUUACUUUCUUCAUAACUUGUGCAACAGACUUGGAAUGGACAAGUGAGGAAGGUGAAUCGUCCACCCUUGCUUGAACCUAGUAUCACCCGGUAGGAAACAGCCGCAGGUGGAGAAUGAAACACUGGGUAUUAGGACCUACUGCACUGAUCAAGCUUCAGUUGAAUUAUUGAUAAUCGGUUGUUGAAUUUCCCUCUCAUUCUUGUAGAGCAGUAAUUUACAGAUAUUUUCAGUCUUGGCAUACAAUCUCAUCAAGGUGGUGAAUCAGAGAUGAAAUAUCUUGCCAAUUGCUGGAAAUGUGUCGCUGUGGAGCUGCAGAAAGGAGAAUUUAACAACAUGAUCAUCUAAAUUUAUGACAAACAAUGCCUGUCUGGUCCCUCUGGUACCUGCUGCUGGCUUUGAUAUUAUUUCACUCUGUGUUUUGCAGUGAAGCUCAUAACAAAGGAUCAACUGUUAAGCAACACAAAGAAUCUCUUCUAAAGUUCUUCAAGCUUAAUGAUGAAAACCCGACUUCGGAAAAUGCAACUUUGAACAUAACAAACAGUCCGGGGAGAUGUGGACUCCUAACCAAGAAACUCUGCGCCCAAAAGCAUAAAAGUAAAAGCAACACGGUGAAAAAAUCAUUUCGUCCUUACUAUUAUGAUGACGACGACGACGAAGAUUCGGAUGAUUACGAUGAAACCGCCGAUGACGACGACUUUCCGGAGGAAACCGAGACAGGUUCUUAUCGAUCUUAUGCACCUCGGGAUCACGAAAGGCCAUACGAUGAUGAGUCCGAAGAUUACGAUCGCGAAUCUUGGCGAGGUCAAAACUUCGACGAUGAAGACUCUGAGCCACGUGAAAGGCCUGGGUACGAGGGAGAUAUGGAUGAUUGGGACUGGGACUCACCAAGACGUCAUGGUGAAAGACACACUUUCAAAGAUAGAGAAAGAUGGAGGUCACAUGACGUUCCACAAGACGACGAUGAGUUCGAACCAAGCUAUUCCACUCAAUAUCGCCAUCACCCAAGACAUUCGCAUUAUCGACAUUAUCACCAUCAGUAUCGACCCCCAGUUCAUGCAAGUUAUCGAACAUUCAGCCAAGCCGCGCCUUCGUGGCCUACGUACUUCCAGGAGUAUUCAAGGCGUAGCCCUUUCGCUGCCCCUGUGCCGUAUGUUACUAAUCCGGCGAGCGUGGAUUGGACAAGAGGUCUCGCCUCUUACCAACCAAGGUGGCAGCCUCGGUAUUACCCUCCUGUGGCAGCUACAUCUGCGCCGCAAUCGUUCAACACUCGGCUAGCAGGCCCUAGCAGUUUGAACCCUUACCAACAGAACAUACUCAGCUAUCAAAAUCGGGAGUCCAAUUCAUUUUUUAUUCCACCCUAUCAUGUUUCAUCGCCUUCAUACUUACGAGCUACAACGCGUAAUCUCGUGGAUUUUACUAUCCCAAACUCUCUCCCGGGAGUAGCAGCGAGUUCCCCUCGGCUAUCUCACCAUAUCUAUCAUUACCCUCCGGUAGUUUCUCACUCCAGACAUAUAAUCAGCCCGUUUUCUAGACCGUUUAUAAGACGUCGGGAGUUUUCUGACGCAGUUCUUAACAGACUCAGAGACAUGAAUCUUCAUUAGCAAGAAGGCACGAUCUGUUAUGCUGUGAUUUCAGCAACAAUCUUUAAAAGUGAACGAGAUCUCGCAGACUGACAAGAUUAUCAGCGUUUCAGUGCAACCUGAUUGAAAAGUUCAUCAAUAACGAAAUAAAGAGCUGCAUCGCCAUGCAAGAUCUGGUUAAGCUCUCGCGAUUUAUUCAAUUCCUACCAUUCUAUGAACAUUAAAAAUAACUAGGUGGACACGAAUUUUCGUCGUAAUAUCAAAAGGUAUGACAUAAGAUAUAUGUUAUUAUUCAUAAUGUUCUCUGGCUAAUCAUUUAAUAGUCAUUGGGUAAUUAUAAUUCAUUGCACGACAG